AUGGAAAAUAUUGAAACCCUAGGUUCGCUUCGUGAGCGUCUUAAUGGAACAUCUCUUGUUGAAGAUAACAUUUCUUUCGGUGGUUGUCAAAUGUCCUAUCGUUUACAGUCUCGUGGAGGUAUUGCUGCGAAUAUAAGGCGAAUAGCUGAAAAACAGGAAGAGCAUUUAAAAGAACGAAGACAAUUGCGACGAGAAACCCGAGAAAUCACGAAAACUUUAAAGCGAUUACCUGUUCGUGGAUCAUUUAGCUCGAGAGGAGGACGCGAUGUGUAA